AGCACCAAGCAGCUUGCAGCACCCACCGUGUACUGAGGUACCCUGCUGUACCUGCCCUGGCCCAGUGCAGGACCACAGACGUGCAGGGUCAGCCAGGCCAUUCAGGCCAUCCAGGCAGCUCACCACGGUCCAUGCCAAGAAGAGCAAGGCCCUGGCCUCCGUUGUGCACACAGGCAAGGAAGGCUGUCCCGGAUCGAACGUAUUGAAAGGGUUGCCAUUGGGGGAGCAUGGAACGAGGCCCAAUCAGGGCGUGUCGUCUUCGCUAUAUGACAUUAAGUGCUCAACAUUGCGAAUCUGCGUCGCGAAGAGCGGCCCGCCUGGUUACAUGGCCGCGCCUCGCGAGAGGUGGAACCAAAUAUGAGGGCGCCGAGAAUUGCCUAUCCUACUUCGUACACUCGUCAAAGUUACACAUGUAUUGCCUUAGCUACCCUACCCUCGAUGCCGUGAUUGCAGACCCGGUGUGGAGGUUGUGCUCGUCCAGGGACAUUCACAGCCAGGAAACUUGCUCCUCGGUGCGCUAUGAAGCUGAUGGUGGGCGACGGCGGAAAUGUGUGGGCUCACUGCUCGGCUGGAAAUUCAGGCAAGAUACUUUAGAGCGACAGGGGUCCCGACGACCGCUUCACAAAAGUGCCUUAACACCAGGUAAGGUUGCGGGGCACCCUCGCAUAUACCCCAUUACGCUUCAGAUUUCAACCACUCAAGAGCGGCCGAGAUUGGGAGAAUCCCGAGGAGGCAGCAUGUGGAUCACUAGCAAAGUCCAUUCAGACAUGGUUCUGAACAGUGAGUACCUUUAUCUAAAGGGUUGUUGGUCCCCCAUUCUCUGUUGGUACUGUACGAUGAUGGCCGUCAAGCUCUGUGGUUGCCUCUCUUGAGCCCUUCCCCCUCAUUACCUGAACGGUUGUUGGCUUUGAUAAUGUAUUCAUAAUGCCUUGUUCAGGCGUCAUAGCUGCAAAAGUCGGGAGCAGCGCGGCGCCUAGUGUAUAACGUGACGCAGCACAAGUGGAACUCGUCUGCUGCAUACAAUGGUGCAGAAAGACUAGGAUGCUUGCAAGCUCCAGGUUCCCGGACGAAACUGCAUGCCUCCGUGCCUGAGUAGAAACUAGAAACAGGCCGGAAGAUAAAUGUUAGCCAGCUCGAGCAAAGAAGCAUCAACAAGUUGUUACGAAGCGAAGCACAGGAGCAAGCUCGAGGAGAUCAGGGUCCCUAGGUGUCUUAGUAUUUGUUUGUUUGUUGCGUAAGGAGUUUAAAUAGGAUCGCC